AUGUUUAACCCACACGUGUUAGACUCCCCGGCCGUGAUCGUGGACAAUGGGUCCGGGCUCUGCAAGGCGGGCCUGUCGGGCGAGAUCGGGCCCCGCCACAUCGUCAGCUCCGUCGUGGGGCACCCCAAGUUCCAGGCGGCCUCGGCGGGAGCCAGCCAGAAGCAGACCUUCGUGGGGGAGGAGGCCCUGCACAGGAAGGAGGCCCUGUCCCUCCGCUGCCCCAUCGAGCGCGGCCUGAUCGUCGGCUGGGACGACAUGGAGGAGCUGUGGCGGCACCUGUUCGAGUGGGAGCUGGGGGUGCGGGCCGGCGAGCGGCCGGUGCUCAUGACCGAGCCCUCGCUGAACCCCAGGGAGGCCCGGGAGAAGAUGGCCGCCGUGAUGUUCGAGACGUUCCAGGUGCCCGCCUUCUACCUGUCGGACCAGGCCGUGCUGGCCCUGUACGCCUCGGCCUGCGUCACGGGCCUGGUGGUGGACAGCGGGGACGGGGUCACCUGCACCGUCCCCAUCUUCGAGGGCUACUCCCUGCCCCACGCGGUCAGCAAGCUGUACGUGGCGGGGAGGGACAUCACGGAGCACCUCACGCGGCUGCUGGUGCUGCGGGAGUACAAGCUGCCGGACGGGAACAUCGUCUGCAUCGGGGACCAGCUGUUCCAGGCGCCCGAGGCCCUGUUCGCGCCCGAGCAGCUGGGCGUCCAGAACCCGGGCCUCUCCCGGAUGGUCUCCUGCAGCAUCGGCAAGUGCGACGCCGACAUCCAGGGCCCCCUCUACGGGGAGAUCGUGCUGUCGGGGGGCAGCACCCUGUUCCAGGGGCUGGACGACCGGCUCCUGAAGGAGCUGGAGCAGCUGGCCGCCAAGGGGACCCCCAUCAAGAUCACGGCGCCCCCCGACAGGUGGUUCUCCACGUGGAUCGGCGCCUCCAUCGUCACCUCCCUGAGCAGCUUCAAGCAGAUGUGGGUCACCUCCGCCGACUUCCAGGAGUUCGGGACGUCGGUGGUCCAGAGAAGGUGCUUCUGA